AUGACUUCCUAUUCGCAAUUUCUAACACAAGCGCAAAAAGAUGAAUUGCGACAAAUUGCCAACCAAAUUGUGACACCUGGCAAAGGUAUUCUUGCUGCGGAUGAAAGCACUGGAAGUAUGGACAAAAAACUAAAGCCAAUUGGACUGGAAAAUGUUGAAGAAAAUCGACGUUUGUACCGUCAGCUUUUGUUCACAGCUGGUGAUGAAAUGAGUAAAUACAUUUCUGGUGUUAUCAUGUUUCAUGAAACAUUCUAUCAGAAAGGAGAUGAUGGCACACCAUUCGUUAAAAUCCUACAAAAUAAGGGUAUUCUUCCGGGUAUCAAAGUUGAUAAGGGUGUCAUUCCAAUGGCAGGCACUGUUGGUGAAGGUACUACGCAAGGUUUGGAUGAUCUGAACAACCGAUGCGCUCAGUACAAGAAGGAUGGUGCACAGUUUGCUAAGUGGCGCUGUGUACAUAAAAUUGGUGCUACAACACCUAGCCAUAUGGCUCUGGUUGAAAUUGCUGAAGUAUUGGCUCGUUAUGCUUCAAUUUGCCAGCAGCAUGGUUUGGUGCCAAUUGUAGAGCCCGAAACUCUACCCGAUGGUGAGCAUGACCUUCAUCGAUGUCAGAAAGUCACAGAACUUGUCCUGUCAUAUACAUACAAGGCAUUGAUUGACCACCAUGUUUACUUGGAGGGGACGUUGCUGAAGCCAAAUAUGUGUAUGCCGGGAAUGCAAUAUAAGGGGCAAUGCUCACAUGAAGAUAUUGCGCGAGCUACAGUUACUGCUCUUCAGCGCACAGUUCCAGUAGCUGUGCCGGGUAUUGUCUUCCUUUCUGGCGGUCAAUCUGAGGAAGAUGCGACGCUUAAUUUGAAUGCUAUCAAUCAGUUCCCGGGUAAAAAGCCGUGGGCUUUGACAUUCAGUUAUGGUCGAGCACUGCAAGCUUCCGCUCUUGCAGCUUGGGGUGGUAAACCCGAAAACAUUCAAGCAGCGAAAGAAGCAUUUUUGAAGCGUGCAGAGGCAAAUUCGCUUGCGCAACAAGGAAAAUAUGCUGGAGGUGCAGGUUCUGGUGCAGCAGGACAGAACCUCUAUGUUGCUAAUCAUGCAUACUAA